AUGAUAUAUUCAAAGAUUAUUCUGUUUUUAGGCUUCUGUUUGCCUAUAUUCUGCUUAAAUCAAAAUGAACGAAAUGAUUUAUCGCGAAAGUUCAAAUAUUAUUUUCCAUCCGUACGUCCCAGCGCCCCCGAUAACUUCAUUAGUGGUCAGAAUGGAACGUUCUUCAACAUCCAAACGGAACUUCAUUUACUACUAGCUAAUCCAAAAGCUAGUACUGUAGUAGUUGAUAUUCUUAUUUCUCUUACAUGGAUUGACGAUCGGCUCGUGUUGCGUGAGUUACCAGAUCGUCUAGAGCUUCCGAUCGAGUUUCAACCGUGGACGCCUCGCGUACAAACAUUUCCCAGUUCUCACAGUCAAUCAGUUUUCCUGACUCCAAAUACAGGAAGUUUAACAUGGUAUCAAAGGAUCAAAUCGGAAGUGUCUUGUGAGAGUGCAGCUUGGAAACGACCAUUCCAUGAUUACAAAUGUGAAAUCAUAAUUGAAAAUAUUGGAAAUGAGGUUUUAACAAUUGAACGAUUGCGAGAUUUUCGUCAAGAUUCCUUAAGUUCCAAGGUUACUGCUCAUCUCGAUAGAUUCCCAUUGACAAAUUUGGUUCUGAAAUUUAGUGGCGAAUGGCAAUCAAGCUUAUUAUCCGUCUUUCUACCCUCAAUUCUUGUAAUCUUUCUUGUUUUUUUCGCUCAAUGGAAACGUCGAAAAGUUCAAGUGUUAGUAUCAACUGCUUCAUUAGUUUGCCUACUUGUUAUGUUAACGGGGAAUCGCGACAAAAAUGGUGCCACGUUACUGGAUUUAUGGCUUAGCGGAUGCUUCCUACAUUCAGUAUUUCUGUUGGCUAUCGACUUGAUUCUGCCAGCUCGACGAGUUCGAUAUUCCUUAAUUGUUCCGAUUGAACGGAGUCAGCCUCGUGGACCGGUCCAAAUUAUAGCAAAAACUGAACGCGAGUCAUCCGGACUUCAAUCUACCUUGGAAAAACUUGUUGAAAAGACAUUCGGAAGGAUAAGAGAGCCGACAUCAACAAAAACAGAAUUAGUUACUGCUUGUCCGGGGGAGACUCCCAUCCAGAGACAGGUCACUUCAGCUACUCUAGGAGAACGUAAACGUCUCGCACUUCUUGCCGUCGCAUCAAGUUUUCUGGCAUUCAUGCUUAUAUAUCUACUACUUGUAUUAUCAAUUGAUUGA